AUGUUUGAAGUUCCCCAAGCAAAAAGGGUCCGCAGAAAGGAUUUGAAUGUGUCAGAUGAUGGCAGUGAUGAUGGACUUCAGGACGCCGAGUUGCGUGCAAAGCUGCAUGCACAGAUGGCGAAAUCACUGGGCAUGGAUAUUGACAUCGGACCAGUCUCCUCCAGCUCCUUGAAGGAUUCAAAUUCAGGGAACACCAAAAAGACGGACGAUGAUGAAAUGGACGUGGAUCCUAAUGAAGAGCCAGAGGAUGACCAUGAGGAGGCGUUUGUCUUUCGACUUUUCAGCAAAGCCCCAGCGACACAAAAAGUUGUGUUGGAAGAGGAUACUGGGCCAACAGGCACCGGCGUUUUUGUCAGUGGUCGGCCGCUAUCGUACUACAUGGUGACAGAUAUACCAGCACAACGAAAGCAUGAAUACGCCAUGGCCUCGAUCAGCGGAGACGAGGUACUAGCAAGAUCACACAACAGAGCCUGGGGCCUUGAGUUUCCCUGGAAGGUCACAAAACUCACCAUUACUCGAAAGGCUAGCCCGGAUCGAAAGGUGAAGGGAGACGAGGUUAGAGGAAAACGAAAGCCAGGAAAGAAGCAACGUAUAUCACUAAGAAAACGAGCAAAAGAAAAAGAAGAGAAGGAGGCAGCCGAGGCGAAGAAGAUGGCAGACAAGGAGGAGCAGAUUAAGGACAAGAAAAAGAGGAUGAACCGAUUGAAGAAGCUCAGGAAGAGGGCAAAGGCAAAGGGACAGAAACAACCCAAAGGGGAAGAUGGGCACAGCGACGAUUCUGAUGGAGAUUCUGCAGGUUCUGAGUGA